AUGGUUGCAGUGAUGAAGAUAGCAUAUGCAAUGGAGAUAGCAUGUAGUGAAGAUACAAUAGAUAUAACUACUUUGAUAUUUAGUAACCAUAUUGUUGCAGCUACAGUGGCCAGCUCCAGCCGGCUCACAGGCGGUGCUUUGUCCACCAACUAUGGUGCGCCUGCUGACAAUGGCGGUUACUCAUACGACAGAGAUCUGCUGGGAUCUGCCUCCUCCGUCGAUACCGCUCUGGAAGAAGACCCCGUAGCCGCCCUGGCCGCCAAUAUUCCCGGGGGCGGCGUCCCUGGUCAACACUACCCGAUCCUGGCCGCUGUGCCACAAACCGGUUUCUCCUGCCAGGCUCAGGAGUUCCCGGGUUACUUCGCCGACACCGCUGACGAGGCCCGCUGCCAGGUCUUCCACAUCUGCCAGUUCGACGGCCGCCUCGACUCCUUCCUGUGUCCCAACGGCACCGUCUUCAACCAGCAGUACUUCGUGUGUGACUGGUGGUUCAACGUCGACUGCGCCGCCUCCGAGCAGUUCUUCGCUCUCAACUCCGAGAUCGGCAAGAUCCCUGAAGACAACGUGGCCGCCGCCUCCGAUCUAUCCCUGUCUGAGACCUACGGCGUCCCUGAGGCCCAGGCCUCGGAUCAGGUCCCUAGCGAGCUAUACAGCACGCCAAACAAGCUCUAAGAACACCCUCGUCAUAACAUUCCGUCAGACUUCAAUAUGUCAUAUUUUAACCAUGAAUGAUUGCCACAUCCAGGUGACCUUGUAUUUAAAUUCGUAUUUAUGUUGCAAUACAAUAUAUUACAAAUUAUUUAUAUUAUUUUAUAUAUAGCAUAGGUCAUAAUGUUUUUCCUGACAGUACAUGUAAAUAUUGGAGCCUUGCAGACAUAACACUGAUGAAGUAAAUAUUGCUUUUCAUCAUACUCAUAUGAAUUUGGUUUGAAUGGCUGAGGUUCUAUAGAAAUCACGGGAAGUUUCAUUGUCGAGGCUCGGAGAGGAGUGGGGUCUAAGACCUGAGAAAAGUAUGUUCCAUAUCCCCAACCACUUGGGCUGGACGCUAGAGCGACAGUCUCACUUCAUUGAGGUCGGCGUUCAAUCCCCGACCUUCCAAGUGGUUGAGCACUGUUCCUUCCCUCCGUCCCAUCCCAAAUUCUUAUCCUGACCCCUUCCAAGUGCUAUACAGUCAUAAUGGCUUGGCGCUUUCCCUGAUAAUUCCCUCACUCCCUCCGUCAUCACUACUCUAUAAACGAACCUAAACCAACCUAAUCUAUCCUAACAUACCGAAAAUAAGAGAUAACAUGUGCUCUAUUAAUAGUGGGCAACGAUCGUAUGGACGUCAGUAUGAUGUCAUUAGGCAUAAUCUUAGUGCCUAAAGAUCGUGGUUGCUACAUAGUCUUCCCGGUUUGGUGCCUUUUUUUGAUAAUUACUUACUUACUCCAUAGGCACAUUAAGUAUUAGUAGUAGGUUUUUAAAAGUUUUGAACUUCGGCAAAGCCGAUUAAUAGUUUGCUUUCCCCCUUAAAACCAAUU